GAGGGAGCGUCACAGUGGUGAUACAGGGGUUCAGAAGGGAACCGAAGUGGCUCGGUGCAGUUUGAUCGGGGAAGGUUUUCUCUCACCGUCUUCAGCCCGUCCAGGACCUGCAGCCCCACCAUGGCGGAUCAGUACCAAUUCAACGGCAACGAGGAGAAGAUUGUGAAGGACAGCCACACCAAGGAGAUUGAUCUAAUGAACAGAGAUCCCAAGCAGAUCAAUGAGGACGUGGUGAAGGUGGACUUUGAAGACAUCAUUGCGGAGCCUGACGGUACACACAGUCUGGAUGGGGUGUGGAAGCUCAGCUACACCACCUUCACUGUGUCCAAGUACUGGUGCUACCGCAUCUUGUCUGCUGUCUUUGGUAUCCCCAUUGCUCUGCUCUGGGGCUUCCUGUUUGCAUGCAUCUCCUUCUGCCACAUCUGGGCUGUGGUUCCCUGCAUCAAGAGCUGUCUGAUCGAGUCACAGUGCAUCAGCCGCAUCUACUCCCUCUGCAUCCAGACCUUCUGUGAUCCCUUCUUCGAAGCCUUCGGAAAGAUCUUCAGCAGUGUGCGCGUUGUACUGCGCAAAGAAGUCUAAGAACUCACACAGUAGCGUUUAUAGUAUGAUUGGAUGAAGUGUGGUAUCUUUUUAUACACCAGAAGCUCAGCCCUGACACCUUGCUCACUCCCUGAUACUCCUCCUUCUUCCUUUAUAACAUGCAGUUCCCCACACACCCAUCCUCAAGCUCUGGCCCGACAUGCCCAGUGAGCCUUUUGCCACCAGAAGCUCUGAGACAGCUGCAUAGGCAGCGUGGUUCUGUGACUGCGCUGACACUCCUGCAGGGCUCACUGCUCCUCGCUGAGGGAGAAGAGGACGGCCUGUCAUGAUGAGGAUCUAUCUGUAUCACAUAAGCCAAAGACAAUAGCUACUCGAAUCACAACAAUUUAAAUGAACUCCCUAACUCUGCUGCGCCUGUGGACAACGCUGCCUGCAUGCAUUUGGCCAUUCUUACAAGUUAUAUCUAUGCUGUAUGUUGCUGUGUCUUGUAUUUCACUUUAUACUGAUUGAAAUGGAUUUAACAUUCAUAUAUGUAGCCUUAUUUGAAAAUCUUUAACAAAAUCAAAGGAAUUGGAAAUGUUUUAUUUACAAAAUUAUUUUGUAAUUUGUCAUGACUCCAGUUUGUUUUGACUGUGUUGAUGAAAGAAAUAUGUUUCGAACCGUCACGCAGAUAAACUACUUCCUUUUAUUAAAGCGUGAUCAGUUAAUGUCUCCACAUUUCAGUCGAGUAUGUGGAAACAAGACUGGAACAAACUACUGACAUGGGCGACAAAGGCUAAAUACAUGGGCUGAAUUGAAAAUUGUCACUAUACUAUUUAUAUUGCACCACUGGUUCAGUACAUGUGUGUUAUUUUAUUUCAUUCUGAAAGGCUCAAGAAAUACAUUUUUAAGAGAUACCAAUCAUCUUAACCAUGUUUCAAGGAUAUUGUGGUCUACUUGAGUGGACCUGGGAGCUGUGACCCACUAGAGGCUGCUGUUGUGAUUUCAUUUGCUUCUCUUUCUGUCAGAUCCAUUAUUGAUGAUUCAGUGUCACCACACCCUUCUUUGUUCAUUACUGCAGCGUGUUUCUGUCUGGGUGAUUCUUUUGUCCUUUAUUAGGCUAGAAAAUGUGCAGUUCUAUUAUGUAUAUGAGCAGAAAGCAUUGAGUUGAUAAAUGAUCAGGGUCAACCAGUGUAAUUAAGGAGCUAGAGUGAUAUUUUCCAAAACCUACAAAAGUAAUUAAUGUGCAGGAUAAAAAUCACCAUUAUAUAUAUAUAUAUAUAUUUAUACACAUAUUGCCUUCUGUAAAUUAUUGAUUACACUUGUGUAAUUACAGAUUCACAAAUUGCCCCUAUUGGUAUCUGUAGAAAUGGAAAAAAAUACUGAUAACCUUUGAUCAUAAAGAUAAUGGCAACGGCACUUUGUUAAGCACCUUUUUCACCUUUAAAAGUUUCAGAUUUAAUAUAUUCUACAUAUUUUGUCCUCAUAUAAUCUUUGCCACCAGUGUAUGGUUACCUUAUGCAAGGUCACAUUAUCAAGGCUAUAAGGGAAGUAAACUCCCCCUAAAUAUAAAUACUUUCAAAUUAU